AUGAGCAACGUUUACGACACUCGCAGGUGGAAGUUGAGGCACGCGACGGUUUUGUACACCAUCCUCCUGGGAGCCGUUGUUCUCGGCCAGUCUGCAGAACAUCAAGAUGUCGAGGCUGAGCACGACCACCAUGAGCACGGGCAUGCCCACUCGUUCCAUCAUUUCCAUGGUCCCGUGGAGGGUCACCACGUGGAAGUGACGUGGAAGGACAAGCAUGGUCACCACCAUUACCACGACUACAAGGCUCACCCCAAAUACGAGUACCACUACGGGGUGGAGGACCACCACACCAAGGAUUCGCACGGGCAGAAGGAGCACAGGGACGGAAAAGACGUCUCCGGGGAGUACCACAUCCACGAGCCCGGCGGUAACGUCAGGACCGUCAAGUACCAUUCCGAUCCUCAUGGUGGGUUCUUCGCAGAGGUGCACAACCAUGGUGGUAACGACCAUUCCGGAGGAACCUAUGGCGGACACAAGCACUGA